CGCGGGCCGCCGGGUCCCACACGCGGGCGCCCACGUGACCGCCGGGCCCCGUUCCUCAGUCCUUAUAUGGGCAGUGACGUCCCGGGCAUUCAGGGGGCCCCCAUAAAUAGUUACCGCCAGACUUGUCCUCCAGCGCGAGCUGCGGCGGGAGCGCGGCGCUCCCGGGGCACCGCGGGCCCCAUGAUGACCGCCAAGGCGGUAGACAAGAUCCCGGUGACCCUCGGUGGGUUCGUGCACCAGCUCCCCGAGGCCAUUUACCCGGCGGAUGACAUCUCCGCCGCGCUGCCAACUUCGGUCGCGAUCUUCCCCAAUGCCGACCUGGCAGGGCCGUUCGACCAGAUGAGCGGUGUGGCAGGAGACGGCAUGAUCAACGUGGACAUGGGCGACAAGCGGGCCCUGGACCUGCCCUACGGUGGCGGCUUCGCGCCCAAUGCCCCGGCUUCCCGAAAUCAGACCUUCACCUACAUGGGCAAAUUCUCCAUCGACCCGCAGUACCCUGGCGCCGGUUGCUACCCCGAGGGCAUCAUCAACAUCGUGAGCGCGGGGAUCCUGCAGGGGGUCAGCACGCCCUCCUCCGCCGCCUCCUCCGCCGCCUCCUCCGCCUCCUCCGCCGCCUCCUCGGCCACCGCCGCCUCCGCCACCUCCCCCAACCCGCUGGCCGGGGCCCUCGGCUGCACCAUGGCACAGGGCCAGCCAGCCGACCUGGAGCAUCUCUACUCUCCUCCGCCGCCGCCCUACUCGGGCUGCGGUGACCUGUACCCGCAAGACCCCUCCUCGGCUUUCCUGCCCGCCGCCGGCGGCGGGGCACUGCCUUUUCCCCCGCCGCCCUCCUACCCCUCACCGAAGGCGGCGGCGGCCGACGGCGGGCUCUUCACCAUGAUCCCCGAGUACGGCGGCUUCUUCCCGCCGCCUCAGUGCCAGCGGGAGCUCCACGCCGGCCCCGACCGCAAGCCCUUCCCCUGCCCCCUCGACUCGCUCCGCGUCCCGCCGCCCCUCACGCCGCUUUCCACCAUCCGCAACUUCACGAUGGGGGCGCCCCCGGCGGGCGCCGCCCCCGGCAGCGCUCCCGGCAGCGGCGGGGGCGAGGGUGCGGGCGCCCGGCUGCCCGCCGGCGCCUACAGCCCGCACCACCUGCCGCUGCGGCCCAUUCUGCGGCCCCGCAAGUACCCCAACCGGCCCAGCAAGACGCCGGUCCACGAGCGGCCCUACCCGUGCCCCGCCGAGGGCUGCGACCGCCGCUUCUCCCGCUCCGACGAGCUCACCCGUCACCUCCGCAUCCACACGGGCCACAAGCCCUUCCAGUGCCGCAUCUGCAUGCGGAGCUUCAGCCGCAGCGACCACCUCACCACCCACAUCCGCACGCACACCGGCGAGAAACCCUUUGCCUGCGAUUUCUGCGGUAGGAAGUUCGCCCGUUCCGAUGAAAGGAAGCGGCACACCAAGAUUCACCUGCGCCAGAAGGAACGAAAAGGAGCCGCCGCCGCCGGCGGGUGCCCGCAACCCGGCGGCGGGAGCGGCACCGCCGCCCUGGCCCCCUGCGCGGCGCGGACGCGGACNGGAGCGGCGGGUGUACAUAGGGGCUGCGGCGGGAGGAUGGAUGCAUGCAGUGCCGUCGUGGUGAGGUGUCCUUGGUGCCUUGUGUGGUGUAGAGCCCGGUCCCCUGUCUGCAUGUGGGGGGUGCCUUACCGAUCCGCUCCGACGACAGCGGCGACACCGAGACCGGAAAGUUUUUCCCUCCCUGGUUUUAGUAUGGCUGUACAUUUCUGCCUAUUAAUAUUGGGAUUUUUUUUUUUUUUUAGAGACUAUAUUUUUGUACGCACUGGUUUGGGGUUUUGGUUUUGUUUUUCUUUUUGGUGACUUAAAAGUGUUCCGUUUGUAGUAGGACUUGGGACAGGAUGUAAAUACUCGGGCUGGGACCGGCGCCCGUGGUCGGCCGGGACCCAGCGCGCCGCAGGUAACACGAAUAAUGCACAACCACUAACGGGGGCUGGAAGGAGAGGGGGGGGUAUCUUUCUGGCCACUCUGUAAAUAAACUUUUCGACAAUAGGGUAGGU